CCUAAAUAAACUUACUACCUCUAUUUAGGUAUUUCCUCUAUCUUCUAUAAAUGGCCUGCCUUACCAUAUGUAAAUUCGCUCUAAUUAAAAACCCAAAAAAUAAAGCACACAACCUCGUAAUAAGAACUUCAACAGAAAUGGAUAAAGAAACCUUCAUUCCAAGAGCAGUAUUUUGUUUUUUUCUCAUGGUAUUGAUUGUAAAUAACCAUGCUGCAGUUGUCGAUGUAAAAACAAAAGGCGCCAAGGGCGAUGGUAAAACCGAUGAUGGCCCGGUUAUCAUGAAUGCUUGGAAAGUUGCCUGUGGAGGACCACCACCAAGCUCGCUUCUGAUUCCACCGGGGACUUAUUUCGCAGCUCCUAUUCAACUGAAAGGUCCAUGCAAGGGCCCGAUUGAGAUCAAGGCCACCGGAGCAACUAUCAAAGCCCCACCGGAGGUUGCAAAGUUCAAAACUGAUGGUUGGAUCGAGAUAGAGGGUGUCGAUAAGUUGACUAUGACUGGUGGUAAUUACGACGGCCAAGGCCAGGCAACUUGGAAGAGUAACAACUGCGCCUCUACUGGAGUAUGCAAAUUACCUGCUAAUAUCAGAUUGACUAACUGCAAGAAUGCAGUAGUGAAAGACUUAACUUCCACCAAUAGCAAAUUCUUUCACAUGAACAUAUUGGGCUGUGACAAUUCCAACCUUGACCACAUUACCAUUAAUGCACCGGGAACCAGUCUUAACACAGAUGGAAUUCACAUCGGGAGAUUAAAUGGAAUCAACAUCACAAACACAAACAUAAAAACAGGUGAUGAUUGCAUUUCGUUUGGAGAUGGAAGCAAGAACGUCCAUAUUGAGAAAGUGACAUGCGGACCAGGACAUGGCAUCAGUAUUGGAAGCCUCGGUAGAUACCCAGGCGAACUACCUGUACAAGGAAUCUGGAUCAAAAACUGCACCAUCACCGGCACUGACAAUGGACUCAGGAUCAAAUCCUGGCCUGCUGGUACACCAGGAACUGCUAGUGACAUGCAUUUUGAAGAUAUCAUCAUGCAAAAAGUGGGAAACCCGAUAUUGGUUGAUCAGGAAUACUGCCCUUCUGGGAAAUGCGAGAAAGGACCUUCAAAAACGAAGUUGUCAAAUGUGAGCUUUAGGAAGAUCAAGGGAUCAUCAACAACUAAGGUAGCAGUGAAGCUUAUUUGCAGCCCGGGGACAUGCCAGAAUUUUGAGGUUGCUGAUAUCAAUUUGCAAGGACCUGGAGGACCUGCUACCUCUGAGUGUAAAAACAUCAAGCCUAAAGUUGUGGGUCAAGUCGUCCCUCCGGCUUGUCCUUAAGUGCUUGCGGAAUUCUCAUAGGAAAAAAGUGGAUCGAAUCAUUCACGAAUUGCCCAGAGAGGAAUUUACAUAUAUGAACAUAUAGUACGUGCUUGAAAAUGUGAUUCACGAUAUUUGUUUUGGUGACUUUUAUUUACCGAUGGUACAUAUAAGCAAAAUUUAUGGAGUGUAUUAGUAGAUUAUUUAAUGAUAUUUGUU